CUUUUUUUCUUGUUUUUUUCUUUCUUUCUCUUUUUUCCUUCCCCUUUGUGAAGCAGUGCAUGAAUGCGAGCUGGGUGGGAGAGGCGGGUGCGACAGUGAAAAGGCAUCGCACAAGUCCCGAUGCAGAGAGUUCUUGACGAAGAGAAGAAAAGCAAGAAAAAGUUCCUUUUUCGGGGAGUGCGUCCCCAAGCUGGAGAUGCAAGAAGAAGGCGCGAACUUCUUUCUUGUCUCUCCUGUUGUGCAUGUGGGUACCGCAGAGAAGAGACGAGAUAAAGUCGGUGUUACCAACGGCCCUCAUGGCGAAUUUCGCUGCUUUCCACUGGCGACCAUUUCGCUGUUUCGCCCCGCCUCUCGAUCUUGUCAAAUGAAAGUUUCCUCGUCUUCUCUCUCUCCCUUUCUCUCUCUUCUCCCCCUUCUUCCUUUUGCUCGCUCCGGUUCCUUCGCUUGCUGACUUUUCUUUCUUUCACCUAGCACAAGGCUGCCUGUCUGGCCCCCCUCUCCCUUGUCUUCUUGCAGCCAUGAACACCUUCACUUCUUCCUCUUCUUCUUUCUCUUCUUCUUCCUCUUCUUCUUCCUCUUCUUCUUUCUCUUCUUCUUUCUCUUCUUCUUUCUCUUCUUCUUUCUGUGGUGUCUCGGGAGCUCGGGCGUCGUCGGACGCGCAGGCGGAGCCUCCGUCGCUGCCGCCUUUCCUCUCGCCAGAAGACGCAGCUUCUCAGCUCGGGAGUUGUUCUCUUCUGCUUCUCGGCUUGCCUGUCGGGGCUUCAGGUUCCUCUGUUCACGUUGGCCUCGACUACGCGCUCUGGAGAGUCGGACCUCAGUUCGCAGGAGUCAAGUGCAUCCAGCCUGGGUGCCAUCUCCUGUACACACUAGCUGACGCCUCUUCGCUUGCCGCUGCGUCUUUGGACGACUCGACGGGUGAGACGCGAGCCGGAGGUUCGGCGUUCGAGUGUAUGUACACCUCGAUGCGAGUGGAGGAGGCGAUUGGCGGCUGCAAAGAGGGCAUUGGAUCUGUGCAGAGCGAGUUCCUCUUCCUGCAGCCGAACGCAGUGGCUGUGCGGAGGUGGAAUCCGAGGCUUGCUCGGCUCGAGCAGCUGAAGGACAGAGACGAAGAAGAUCGCUUCGUUCGCGCCGUCCGUCGCCUCGAACUGGACAGGAAGCUUGGGGUGUAUCCGCAGCAGUACGUCCGCAUGUGGAGUGUCUUGACGGACUUCAUUUCUCCGUCUUGUCUCGAGCGCGUCGAACCGGUCAAAGGCUUGUUCGCUGCUCUUCCUCUCGACUUAACGUCGGAGGAAGCGGCCUUGCUUGGAGACUCGAACGUCGCGGACCGUUCGCCUGAAAACGCACUCAAAGACGCCGCGAACAGCGAAGGAAACCUCAGAGAAAAAUCCACGCGCAUGCAUGCUGCGAGACCCCGAGACGAGGUCUCCGUCGCCGGCGAAGGCGAAGACGAGGAAGGCCAUGAAGAACAAGGAGAACAAAGAGCGGAAGACGCUGCGUCCGGAAAGACGCCUGUGGCUCGUUUCUUCUUCUCGGAAGUUCCAUCGCUGCGGGCGACGGCGGUCGCGGCGGCCCGGCGCGCAGAGACUGAAGCACGGAGACAGGGCGCGACCGCGGUCGCGGCGAAGGCUGUUGGAGCCCAAGCGCUGACGCGAGCGGCGGUGGAUCCGAGUCUGGGUCUUCUGACGCUGCUUCAAGAUCUUCAGAAAGUCGUGGAGCGACGCGAGGGAAGGCAGCGAGAGAAGCCGAGACAACAGCUGAAGAAGCGCGACGAGACAGAGGCAGAGAACCGAGCGCAUGCAGUGGAACCCCAAGAAGGAGAGCAUCUGGUCGCGGCAAGCGACAGCGAAGAAGCUCGAGAGAAACGGGAGUGGAGAACGAUCGAACGAAGAACAUGGGAGAAUCUGCUCGGCGAAAUUCAAGUGGCGUACCUCGCCUUUCUGCUCGGACAUCGCUUUGAUGGAUUUGAACAAUGGAAGCAGCUUCUGCUUCUCCUCUGUCACUGUGAACGUGCGAUCCGCUUCUUGCCAGAGAUGUACGUCUCUUUUCUGCGCCUUCUCCACUGUCAACUGGAACAGUGCCCAGACGACCUUCUCAGCGACUCGCUGCUCCAAAAGUCUUUCCUCUUUUCCUCGGCAUCUGCUCUCGUAGACACCUGCCUCAACUCGCCUGCGGGACCUCUCUCUUCUUCCGAGAAAGGCGCGACCGUGAAGCCGUCAGCCGGAGCCGUACAGACACCAGAGCAAAGAGAACAAGAGAGAGAACAAGAAGAAGUGAUGAAGAAAGUGUGUGAGCGAGCACGGUGGUUGCAGCAGCUCCUUCGGCAAACCUGCAAAACGAGGGAGGGAGAAAGUGAGGAAGAGUUCGAAAGGAAGAGAGAGGCGAUUGUCGACGGUCUGGGGCUCCUCGAUGAAGAAGACGGCCCAGUUGUCGUUGACACAGAGGAGCUUCGAAGAGCGGGGUGUCUUCCAGAGGAAACAUAAAGAGAGAGAAGCCUGGGAAGGAUGGCUCGACGCCGAGGCGCUCUGUCGUCGGGUGUCUAGACAGCCCGCGAGGAGAAGGUGAACCUCUCGACGACGCAGGCGACAGGGGGGCUUGGGGGGAUUUGGAGUCGUUUUUUGUCAUUGCUUCUCGAGAUAAAAAUGCAGCGUAUGCCAUUGAGAGUUGCGGUGGACCAGUAUCGCUCGGCGUGUAUCCAGCAGCUGUGGUGAGGUCUUGUGCGUUUCCUCUGUUUUUCCUUUUUGCUUUUAUCCAUUCGUUUGUGGGUGUCGACACCUACGUGUGACAGGUCCUCGAUACAGAGAACACAGGUUAUCUGGAAGCUGCACUUUACUCUCGAUUUUUUCCUUUUCUCGUCAACUUUCUGUGUCUUCUGUCUUUUUUUUUCUCUGCCCUGUCCCGUCUCAGUCUCCACGGUGUCUCUUCCUCGUCGUUCCCCCGUUCCCUCCUCCUACAGUGCUUGCCUCUCGCUCUCCCGUUUUUCUCUCCUCUGCACAUGCAUCUUUUCUCGUCUGCUUCCAUCGGCGUCUUUGCUGGAUACAAAAAAGAGAAACUUUUCUCGCCUACCCAGCUGGCAGCCACGACGCACAGAGACAAAACAACGCGAGUCUGACGAAAUCGCACAGCCCUGCAAGUCGACGUAUGCAUGUCUGUACACUUGUGGACGCACCUGGAAACUCAUGUAAAAGGACAGAUGUAUAUAUAUACCGCUCAACGGGAGGAUGAGGAGUCCAUCUGUAUGCGUUUAAGAUGAUGCAGAUGAGAGACUGGCAUUCGAUUGGUUUUCUCUCUCGGUUGAUUCGAGAUUUCGCGAACAUACGGGGGAACGCGAGGCAAGUGAAAAGAGGCUGACUGUUGGUCACCUGAGUUGCCUCGCUCUUCGCUUUUUUCGAUCCGC